UCACAGACUAUGAAGGAACACGAUUUUUGUGUUCGACUGUUGUCAUCACCUUGAUCGCUCACACGAUUCAAUGACAAGAUCUGAUUGAAGAGGAUGCAUGCGUUUUUCCCAAGCUAGCCAUCGUAGUGUCUGUCUUCCCGUUGGUCUUCAUGCAGCUAGAUUCGCAGUCUCCCAGUACAAGUGUACAUCCUGUUUUUGCACAACUCAGAGCUCGUCACAUCUGAGAAAUCUGCUACAUCAUGCAUUCUAUGACAUUUUGCUUUCACAUCGCGCGAUCUUUGCUAAGAACUUGAUUUCAGAUACUCGCUGGUUCGCUCGUCAGACGCAAGGUCCGCUGCCCGCUGCUGCGCUCAUCGACGACGACGUUGUUGCGUUCAAAGAGAGGCAGAGCAGAAGAAGAGAGGCCGUGCAAGAGCUCCGACAUCUUUGAUUUUCUUCUUCCCAGCCAGCGUCGGAAGGCACACGAGAUACUCGCUGGUUCGCUCGUCAGACGCAAGGUCCGCUGCCCGCUGCUGCGCUCAUCGACGACGACGUUGUUGCGUUCAAAGAGAGGCAGAGCAGAAGAAGAGAGGCCGUGCAAGAGCUCCGACAUCUUUGAUUUUCUUCUUCCCAGCCAGCGUCGGAAGGCACACGAGAUACUCGCUGGUUCGCUCGUCAGACGCAAGGUCGCUGCCCGCUGCUGCGCUCCAGUCGACGACGACGUUGCUGCGUUCAAAGAGAGGCAGAGCAGAAGAAGAGAGAAGUCUCAUGCCCAGCAGACACUACGACGGGAAGAUAAGUUUCUUCGGGAGAGCCGGCUUUCGGAUCGAGGAGAGUGCUUCCUGUAGGCCCGGUUACAUUUCGCUCGCGCAUGCCAAGCAGGAAACGUUUCUUAAUCUCUGAGAGUGGAGGAGAGUCCAUCUUCAGUCACGCUGCUGAACUGGCGACACGGGAAAUGGACUCCGCACACGAGGAAUUGGUGCUUCCCUACGCCAUCCAGGUCCUUGUACAGCGUCUGGAAGGACAAGGCGAGCCUAUAACGGAGCUUCCCGAUUUAACCAAGCUAGUAUUUUGGGAGUUCUUUCCGCGGAGUGAAGCACCCUCGACAGUCAUAGGGUGGCGAAGCCAAGUGCGUCGUCGAGUGCUGGAGGCAAUCGGCAGCUGCAACACCUUUGAGAUUCUGGACGUGGGCAAUAUUUGUGGGGGAUAUAUAUCAAUGUUGACGCCGAGCGAGUGGGAGGUAGUUCUCAGAGGUUUCAGGUGUAGCACCGUUCUAAAAAAGAUAACCGUUAACCGUGGUGGGUUAUUCUAUUCAGAUGAUGCGGAUAAUGAGAGCUUUUGUUUACAGCUGGGGAGAAUUCUGAAUUCGUCUAGCGUAACAGAGUUAGAACUGGGUGGGAAAUUGAGUGCCAGAUGUCUCUCGAAUCUCGCCUCAGGUCUGCGAGGACGUUCCGAUUCUAAACUCAAGUCUUUAGAUUUAGAGUGGGGGGCGUGGAUGGACCCGAGUGGGGUGAAGUAUGUGGCUGACAUGAUCAAUAGUGCUCCUCUAUUAGAAACGUUGCGUUUAGGCGGACGUUUAGGCGGACGUUGGGAGUACAUGGAGGACGAGACCGUUGGAAUCCUGUCCCAGGCUUUGAUCCAGAGCUUGGCUUUGAAAGAAUUUACCUUAGACUACGCGGGGAAGUGGGCACGGCGCUUGUUGCUGAAAGCAUUGGCCGGAGACGAUCGCAACCGAUCCAUUGAACGUCUUCGGCUGAGGAACAUGAAGGGACUCGGAGACUGGUUAAGGGAACUUCUUAUUUCCAACCCAUCAUUGAAGGAAGUGGAGCUCUACCCAUCAUUGGAGCUCUACCCAUCAUUGGAGGAAGUGGAGCUUGUCAUGGAGCCUGAGGAAUGGCACAAGCUCGGCGAAGCCAUACGUGACAAUGCCAUAGCGACAACUAUACUUGUUAGGUAUAGUUGUCGUGGUGAAGAAUGGAAGUCAAUAGAAGCUCUUGCUCGUUCUGCUAGCUCCGAUGUCAAUGACCCCACAGUGGAGCUUGAACUCCUUAUCCUUACUGGGAGUGAAGAUGAAGUGAUGUUAUCAUUAAACCUAUUAAGUAGGGUACUGCGAGGGGAAAUCACAUCUCUGAAAUCUCUGAGUAUAUUCUUUCAAUCAUCGCUAGAUUAUAGAAAGAUUAUCACGUUCAGUAUACCCCCUAUGAAUGGAAAAAGUGGAGAAACUUCAGUCCUGAAGAGACUGGAAUUAUCUGUCCGAAGAGAAGAUCUUUCGAAGAAGCAAUGGGAGGACCUGCUUCGGUGCAUGCGAGGGAACCUCACUCACUUGGAUUUGUCUGACUCCGAACUCGACGAGAAGGCGUUCAGGGACCUGAUGGGGGUCCUGCAAGUUAACUUGGCUCUCCAGGAAAUCGACGUCUCCCGAACAUCAUGGGCAACUGACGGAAAGGCGGCGCAGAUUGAAGAGGCCCUGAAGCAGAAUCAAAAGCGGGCCGUCUACAUGUCUGUGUUCCGAGAAGCCAACUUAACAUUUGGAGAUGCAAAAGCUGGUAGACUCUUCUUAUGCGGCUCUCCUAGAGCAGGAAAAACUCAACUGCGUAAAACCCUGAUGAGUAUCAAUCAUAGCUGGCUACUCGGAAGCAGUCUAUCCAUUGAUUGGGUAGACUGCUUCCGAGUAGCUGAACGACUCUGGAGGACCAAAGGCAUCGAAGUGGAGUAUUUGCAAACUAUUGACAAAAUGCAAAUCUCAGUUUGGGAUCUUGCGGGACAAUCAAUUUUUCGUACCCUUCAGGAUGUGCUAUUUCCUCAAACCAACAAUUUUUGUGUUUUUCUUUUUGUGUAUAGCCCUUUUUGUGACAACACAUCUAAAAACAAACCAGACUCUUGUUUCAAAACCGAGUUGGAGGAUUGGUUAAGCUUCAUCACAUCCAGUGUUAAGAUCACGGGACGUGAUCUUCCCCAAGUUUUUGUUGUCAUUUCUCACAAAGAUAAAGCCAAAUACAGCUCUGUGAGUUGGACUCAGACCAUAAUUGAAGAACUCAACCAAAGAUUCGCAAAUUUUGUGGAUCUACUCCCUGUUCAAGAGUGUUUUCAUGUGGAUGCUAGGAAUAAAAAACAAAUUAUUCCUCUCAACCGUCACAUUCUUGAAAAUUUUAACAAGUUGUUGAGUGAAAAAUCUCCACAAGUUCCUCUAUUAUGUUCUCAACUCAUCUCCCUCUUCGUUGCAGAAACCAAGAAGAACAGAAGUUGCCCUCUGUGGUCAUAUGAUCAAUUUCAUGAUUUUUGUGCUCCCUACUUGAAAAAAUUCAUUCCUUCUUCUUCUCGUCACUUUGAGGAUGAUUCGAAGAUAAUGGAGUCUAUCAUAUUCUACUUGAAUGAGGUUGGAUCUAUCAUAUACAUUUCCAACCUUAAGUACAUCAUUGUAGAUCCCAACUGGCUUACUAAUACCUUCCUGGGUGAGCUGAUAGCUCUUGGUCAAAACUUUCAAGCUCAAGAGACAGAGUUUUCUAAUAGAACGUGCUCAUACGGUGCAAGCAAGGACGGAUUUGUGAGUGAGAGUGUCUUUGUUCGGUUGAUAGAAGAGUUUUUGCGAGAGCAAGCACAUGGCCUGAGUGGUGUGGGCAGAGAGCAGCUUGAAAACAUCCUUGUCAAUUUAGAUUUGUGUUUCAAGCUGGAAGAUAGUUCUCAGUAUUUCAUUCCUUCCUUCAUCCCUGAGCAUGCAAGCAAGGAAGAACAUGACCAUCAAGAAGGGGCGCACUUGAAGUUGAUGUGUUGGGAAAAUACAAGAGAGAAUUCACAGUUUGUUGGCAUUCGGAUUCAGUGCCAAGAUGGGAGAACAAUGUCAUUGACGGCUGCAUUUUUUCCACGCUUCCAGAUGUUCAUGAGACGCAAGUUGAAAUCCGAUAUGCAUGUUCUCGAGGAGAAUAUUACCUGCUCUCGACAUUAUCUACGACUUUUUGAUGAAGGGCAUCAAAUAUAUAUCGAGCACGUUCACAGUGAAAAGUCUCACAAAUACGUAGAUGUUUUGAUGUUAUGCUCAAGGCAUAAGUCAAGGGAGGAGGCUACUAAAUAUGUGAUGAGGCAUAUCGUCCAUGAAUUGAUAUUGUUUUGCGCAUCAUCAAAAGGCUGUCCCGGGGUGGCGUUAGUGCUAGGUGUGAUUCAAACAUUUUGCGUGGAGAAGCGGAUUCCGAGUCAUCUCAGAGGAGCCAUUCUGAUCGAGAAGCUGAAAUCGGACUUCAUUUGUAGCAUCAAAAACAAACUUGAGGAAACGUCAAUGGAAAGGUUGCACUUGAUGGAGAAGAAGGAAGAGUUGUUCAACUAUGAGCACUGUUGGCCCCAGAUUGAAGGGCACACUGGCGGAAUAUCCGAACGAGCAAGAGAUUUGUUGUGGGAGAGCGAUGUGGAAGCAAUUGUGAACGAGAUUCGACGGAAACAAAUUGAAGAAUUGAAGUCAUUGCACGAAGGUCUAAGUAGCGUGGACAAUGAUUUGUCUCAGUGUUAUCCUGAAGCUGAAAACAUGGUUAGCGACUCAAAUUUCCCGCCAAUGAAAGACCUCAAAUCACUCACAUCCAGGUGCUUGAGUCGUGCCAGCACAAGUGUGGAGAAUUCAAGUGUGGAGACCCAACUUUUUUUGUUCAAGAUGGACCAGCUAAAAGAAGAGCUUGUACAAAAGUUUGAUGGUUUGGACGAGAGGUUGAGAUUAGUGCAGAGCAUUCUGCAGAGAAUGGAGAUGAAGAUGGGACAAAUACUCUCUUUGCACCAAGAACUGCAGUCAACGCUGAGUGCAUUUGUGUCUAAAGUGGACAGGAUAAUUCAGUAUUCUGAUUCGCUUCAGCAGGCCAAAAUGCCCAAGCGACCUUACGUUACAAACGAUGUUGGUCUCUUCUAUAGAAUGAGUGCGCUUCUGCAUAAUGGGACAACCGUCCGCUUACAAUUGAUGUGUGAGUCAGUGACUGGGUUUCACACGGUCAAAGAUCAAGAAGGUUUGAAGAUACGCUUGGAUCAGGGGAAUAGCUCGUGGAUUCGAAAAACUAUCGAAAUCUCAUACAAAGUCAUGUAUUAUGCUCUCAAGGCUGGACUGGAUAAGACAGUCAGUUUGGGCGGGGCGAUUCCGGACUGGGGAGAUUUAAAAUCUGAUAUUGUUCAACUAGACGGUAUUAGUGAUGAUGAUCAUAGGGCAUUUCUCAAAGGCGGGGAAAACAAGGAGCUGCAAGAAGCAUGGUUGAGGAUUCAGCAAACUCUUGCGCCUCAGCUUCAAAAUCGUUAUUCCGAAAUCUUCAAGUUGUAUCAGGUGAAAUAUGUCAGUUUAGAUAAAGGUGGGCAUGCAUGGGUGUGCGAGAAGUGCAUGAAUAAAGGCCUUCGUUGUGGAAUUUUGACAUGUUAGGAUUUUGAAGAGGUUAGAAUGUCACUAUGCAAUUGACAAGCAUAUGUUUAGACCAUCAUGCAAUAUACAACUCUGCAAAUUCUUCCUUGCAGUU